AUGAGGCUCCUCUCCAGAUUGGCAUCCAACAUCACGAAAACUAACUUCAGACAGUUAGCAACCAUGACACAGGCACCUUUGGACGCAUCCAAGUUGAAGAUCACCCAAACAACUACUCCUAAGGACAAACUCCCUAAUGACCAGUUGGUUUUUGGAAAAACCUUCACGGACCAUAUGUUGGAGAUUGAAUGGACAGCCGCCGACGGUUGGGCUGCUCCAACCAUCUCUCCUUACCAUAACUUCUCGUUUGACCCAUCCACUAUUGUGUUCCACUACGGAUUCGAGGCAUUCGAGGGAUUGAAGGCUUACAGAGACACCAAGAACAACAUCAGAAUCUUCAGACCAAACAAGAACAUGGAGAGAAUGAACCUGUCUGCCGAGAGAAUUGCCUUGCCAACUUUCGAUGGUGAGGAAUUCAUUAAGUUGAUUAACGAGUUCUUGAAGCUCGAACAGUCGUUUGUUCCUCAAGGUGAGGGUUACUCUUUGUACUUGAGACCUACCAUCAUCGGUACCACCGCUACCUUGGGUGUUUCUACCCCAGACAGAGCUCUUUUGUACUUAAUUGCUUCUCCUGUUGGUCCUUACUAUUCUACCGGUUUCAAGGCUGUCUCUUUGGAGGCUACUGAUUACGCCGUGAGAGCAUGGCCAGGAGGUGUUGGUAACAAGAAGUUGGGAGCCAACUACGCUCCAUGCGUUAAGCCUCAAUUGGAGGCUGCUCAGAGAGGUUUCCAGCAGAACCUUUGGUUGUUCGGUGAGGAGGGAUACAUCACUGAAGUUGGUACCAUGAACGUUUUCUUCGUUUUCAAGGACGCCUCUGGCAAGAAGGAAUUGGUGACCGCUCCUUUGGAUGGAACCAUUUUGGAGGGUGUUACCAGAGACUCUGUCUUGGCAUUGGCCAGAGCCAAGUUGCCAAGUGACGAGUGGACCGUCUCCGAGAGAAAGUUCACUAUUCACGAGGUCAAGGAGAGAGCUGCCAAGGGCGAGUUGGUUGAGGCUUUUGGUUCUGGAACCGCUGCUCUCGUCUCUCCAAUCAAGAACAUUGGCUGGAGAGGUGAAGAUAUCUCCGUUCCUUUGGCUGCUGGCGAGGCUGGUGAGUUGACCAUCCAGGUUGCUGACUGGAUCAAGAAGAUCCAGUACGGUGAAGAGGAGUUUGAGAACUGGUCCAGAGUGGCUGUUUAA